CCUAUCGUCUGAGAAGUUUGGCCAGUGCAAGUUUUCGUAAAAAAAAGUGUUUUAAAAUCGGUUUAGAACCAUGAAGAAUGGAUGAUUUCGUGAAGAACGUCCCCUCCUACCAAUUGGACCAAGAAAUAUUGGACGCGCGCGGCAUAGGAAUGACUGUUGAAGAGGUAGCAGGGCUACCAACAUGCAAAUACACACAGCGUGUUCUUGAACUGAACCUUGCCGAAGAUGACCUGGCUUUCCUAAAAAUGCUGAGGCGACGGAUUAAGAAUAGACUGGCGUCGCAGAACAGCCGUCGCCGGAGUGUCGAGCACCUACGCCAACUAGCGCGCGAGUUACGCGCGGUGCGCGCGUGUCGUACCGACGCGCUGAGCGAGCGGCGUACCUUGGUUCACACGAGAACCGAGUUGAGGAACAGCUUCGCUAAGCUACGGAACUAUGUCUCCAAGGUUCUCCAGGACCGCUCAGACCCAACAAAAGUGCCAGACAUCGAACCGGAAAGGCUGCACGAAUCUCACAACCACAUCCGCAACCAAAAUCACAACCACAAUCACGCGAAACCGGCACCGCCAAAACCAUCCAUAGACAAGCAGAUAGACAUAAACAUAUACGACAACCAGAUAGACAAAAAUAUAUUCGAGUGCCGAAUAGAGAAAUUGGUGCAACAAAGUGUCAACCAUAUGUUUAAGGAAAAAGAGAAAAGGAUCAGCGCUAAGACAGUGUUCAUUGACAAAGUCGGUGACGUCCAGAGGAUGGAGUGUCCCGACGGAGUGCUGAACCUCUGCAUCAAAGAGAGGAGGUCGCACGGGCGGAAGCAGCUGGCGCCAAGACGGAUCGCGUACUACGACGAUAAUGACGGUGGUGUCCUCGAUUUGAAAAUAAAGAAGGAGACCCAGUGACGUUGGUGGAUGUUCAAGACGUACAGUCAAAAUAUACGGAAUAUUUGUUAGCCAUUACGUAAUAGUAUACGUAUAGACCAAAAAAUGAUUUAUAUUACCUACUAGCUGUGCUCGGCCACACUUCUCUAUGGCUCAGUCUGAUAUUAAUUCCCGUUCCCGUGGGAACUUAGUAAUAAAAUAUGUAUACAAACACUCUUAAAUAGAAAUACAAUGUUAUGUUAAAAAAAAUCCAAUCGCUCCAUUGUAAAAAGAUAUCCUGUAUGUUGCAUACAUUUUUGGUCCAAAAGUCGAAAGAGCCGUACAAGAAAAAAAAAAUGUGCUAUAUUUUUUAAUUUUGUAAAAGCGGUGAUAGCCUCGUGGUUAAGACUUCGGCUUUAAUGUCGGGGGUCCGAGUUCGCAUCCCAGCACGUACCACUAACUUUUCUAAGGGGCGUAAACUUAGGAAAAGUAGCCAGUACAAUAGAUUGAGUUGGAAAAAAAUAUAUUCUAAUGUAAAAAAACUGAAUAAAAUUAAAUAUAUAUAAUAAAUAAUUAUAAAUUAAAUAUAACUAAAAUAGGAAAUGGGAAAUAAUUUUCCAUACCAUUCUCUCUCAUUUAUGUGUUUCUUACUUUAUCGUGACGCGUUCUCAUUUGUUUUUUUAAGUUUAAAAUCACAACGGUCCUAAAGACAUUAUCCACAUUAAAAUAGGUACACAAUAUACAAGUUACUUCUGAAUAAUUUUGCUUGAAUAUAUUUCUCGAUAGAUAGUACAUCUGUAUUUUUAUUUUGUGAAACAAGAGGCGCAAAAAAAAAAGAGAAAAAAAAUAUUGAACAAUUA